CAGGCGGCCGCGCAGGCGGCCGCUCAGGCCGCGAGUGGGGAGGGCGUCAUCAGGGAGGUGUGGAAGGAGAAUCUGGAGGCGGAGAUGGGCGUGCUGAGAGAUCUGGUCGAACAGUACCCGUAUGUUGCGAUGGACACGGAAUUCCCGGGGAUCGUUGCGCGGCCAAUAGGAAAGUUCCCAAGCAAGGCGGAUUACCAUUACCAGACGCUGCGAUGCAAUGUCGACAUGCUCAAGAUCAUACAACUCGGAAUCACGCUGGCAGACGAGAACGGCGACCUUGCCAAGGUGGAUGGAUCGGUUUCUACCUGGCAGUUCAACUUUCGCUUCAACCUCGACGAGGACAUGUACGCGCAGGACUCGAUCGAUCUGCUGACCAAAUCGGGGAUCGACUUCGGCAAGCACACCAGCCAUGGCAUCGAUGUCUUCAAGUUUGGCGAACUCCUCAUAACGUCGGGACUCGUCAUGCUCGACGAGGUCAAGUGGAUCUCGUUCCACUCGGGCUACGACUUUGGAUAUCUGGUCAAGAUCAUGAGCUGCACCCCGCUGCCGAAGGAGGAGGCCGACUUCCGGAUCAAGCUCAAGACGUUCUUCCCCAGUCUGUACGAUAUCAAGUACCUCAUGAAGAGCUGUCGGAACCUCAAAGGCGGCUUGCAGGAUAUUGCGGAGGAGAUGGGAAUACCGCGGAUAGGCCCGCAGCAUCAGGCCGGAAGCGACUCGUUGCUUACUGGCAUGAUCUUCUUCGCGAUGAGGCAACGCUACUUUGAAGGAAAGAUUGACGACGCGCUGUACCUCGGCCAAGUUUGGGGAUUGAACGGUAAUAGCCCAAUGCCGCUCGCGAAUGGUACCGCUGGCAGCAACGGAGCCAGUAGCAAUGCCGGCAGUGCCCCAAAUCCUCCAAAGACCCCCACCAUGAAUGGCAGUCAGCAGGGAACCCAGGGUACUCCAGAUAACAACAGCACACCUGGCCGGAAUGGAACACCUGGUACUCCCGGGUACACACCUGGUUUCGGCAAGGGAAUGUAGUUACGAGCAAAACCACAAGCCACAAAAAAACUCGGAAAAUGUCAUCAUCGGUGUUGAUGGAAAUAUUUCUACCCCUCUUUGUUUUCAUCUUUUCUGUCAUAGAAACUUGUUGUCUGUGGAUAAGAGCGUGCACUUUCUAAUUGCUGCUGCCGGUCGUCGUGGCUACUAUCUUUGCUUUUCGCUUCUUGGUAGUUUCGCAGACAGGCGGGGGAGAAGUGAACGGGAUAGUUGAGAUCUGUAGUAACGGGAUAUUGGGAGGUUUUUCAUUUUUUCUUCUCCGGUUCAUUUUCUUUCUUUUCAUGCAUGUCGUUGCGUGUUUUUCUUUUGUAUUUUGUUUUUGUUUUUGUUUUUGUUUUUGUUUUUGUUUUUGUUUUUGUUUUUGUUUUUGUUUUUGUUUUUG